UAUCCUAGACAAGAUAAAUCCCAAAGAAUAUUCUUCCGGAUCCCUUGUGUUAAUCCUUUCCCGCUCGUGCAUCACUCCAUUUUUUUUUGUUUGCUAACGUGUAGAAAAAAGAAAAAUUCCCGCGCUUAUUUACAACUUUUUGCACCCCACGCCAUAGUCAUAUCCCUAUACGCUACCCAUUGUCAUACUCCCAUACACUAUCCCCCGACCACCAUCAUAAUAGACUUGCUAUGUACAACGCACACAACACGGUUAACUCCAACUACCUGUCGCACAACUCGUCGCAGGAGCACGGAUUGACGAGCGCCGAGAGGUUGAACAAAAACGAAGAGACGGAGUUGUAUGACUACUUGAACCUCUCGCCGCCCAUUUUUGACCCGGCACAAGGCUCUGCCCACUUCCGCCCCUCCCAGAACGGCGCAGUGCCCCAGAGUCAAUCCGGAACCCCUCACUCGCCAAUGAACCUUCUUACGCCACAGUUCCAGCUCCAGACGCCGCCGCAAAAGCAUCUUGUGCCGACAUUUACCACGGAGAACACGCCGCCCGCGGCGCCAACCACCGCGUUCCCCAACGGCUUUGAGUUCGAGCAAAAUUCCGACUUGGACCUGUUUUUCCAGGUGGACACCAAGCCUAUCGACUCAAACAACGUCACGAUGGUGAACAGCGGCGGGUUUUUGCAGGCCACCCCCAGCCAGAGCUUUCACGGUAGCAACAGCAGCAACAGCUUCAACUCGUUGCAGGGCUACUCGAACGAUGUGUCGCGAAGUUAUCCGAAAGACGUGCCGCGGAGUUACUCGAAUAACCCGCAAGUGAACGGGUAUUCAAAUAGCUAUACAAACACGUUACACCCUGGCAACGCCCAGUCUGGGUUUGACCUGGGCUUCUUGAGCCCGCACGCUGUAAGCAACCGCCGCUACAGCAACCAUUCCAACUCCAACUCCAUGGCGUACUCGGAAGUGUCGUCGAACCCGAACUCGCCAUUCAUGGACGCGCUUUCGCCGUCCGGGUUCAACACCGGGGCCGUGUCUCCGGGGCUCCUUGCGAAUCCCGAUAGCGACGUUUUGAGCUUGAUCAACGGCCAGGACGCGUUCACACUUGGUGACGGUAUAGACUUCCCCAGCGACUUUGACCAGGGCCCGGUAUUUGCCAAGUUUGACUUUGCUGAGCAGAAUCAGUUUGAAAACUCUGCCACGGCCAUGAACAUGAUGCAGUUUGGAAACGGCGUGGCAAACAGUGAAUUCAGCAUGAUGAACAACACUUCGGCAGUAGAUAACAACUCGCAGUUUGUGAACAGCAAUUCAAACAGCCCGCACAUUCCGCAGAUCCAGUUACCGUCGCAGGGUCAGGAUUACGCCAAUUCGUCGCAAACCGGCUUCCAAAAUUUGCAGCCAGGUCAGAGCUAUGUGGCCUCAACGCCAGCCCUUACGCUGGGCUUUGAGAGUCCAAACUACGCUCAGGGUGCUCCGUCGGGACUGCAGGACUUCUUCUUGAACGUAGGGCUGAACCAGCUCACCGAGCACAACUUGAAAACUAACCAGCUCUACUCCAGCGGCGAGAUUGUGCAUGCGGAUACGCAGAGCGCGUACAGCGGACACUCCCCUGUAUCAAUUUCCAUCAAUCCGCCUCCCGAGGACCUCGUGCGCUCGCCUUCUUUGUUCAGCCACUCGUCCGCGCACUCGUCGGCAUACAACUCGCCGAACCGGUCGCGCGCAAACUCCAACGACCCCAAGUACGGCAACUCCUUGACUCCCUUCGACAACUUACCCGAUGAGUACAACGACAUACGCAAGGGCCGUCAGCGGUCACACUCGAACAAGUCACGGUCAUCGAUCCGUUCAAAAUCCGCGAACCGCUCAAGGUCAGGCUCCGGCGAUCUCCGCACGCUGAAUCAGAAGAUGUUGGACCUCGCGUCUAACCAGAGCAACAAGCGCCAACAGAAGCACCCGUCAUCGUAUGCGUGCGACUUGUGUGACAAGACGUUUACGCGGCCGUACAACUUGAAAUCGCACAAGCGCACCCACACCAAUGAGCGGCCGUAUGUGUGCACAGUGUGCGGCAAAGCGUUCGCGCGACAGCAUGACCGCAAGCGGCACGAAGAUCUCCACAACGGUGAGAAACGCUACCAGUGUCGCGGUACGCUUAAAGACGGCACUGAGUGGGGCUGUGCGAAGAAAUUUGCGCGCACGGACGCGUUGGGGCGACAUUUCAAGACCGAAGCAGGCAAGGAGUGCAUCCGGCCGUUGUUGGAGGAGGCCGCGCGUGAUGGCAACUUCGAUGCGAGUGACGGAACAUUCGACGUGAUGGAAGGGUUCAAUCUCGAUCCGUAUGCCUUCUUCCAACAGCACGGUAAUCCAAAAUUGGACGACGACGAGCUCAGUGAGCCACGCUUCCCGGUUCCGUCGGUCGCGAUCACGCCGCCGGACUCGCGGCAGACGUUUAGAGGGAUUGACGAGAAUAUCUAUUCGUAGCCUCGCCACCGGGGCUGCCGCUGUUGUCCAGGGUCACAUAUCCAACACUGGAAGUGACUUCGCAAAUCCUACGGCAUUGCAAGUUCUGCGUGAGUUCUUGUAGUCCCAGUCGGGGCUGGUGAAUCCAUCAGGGGGGAGUGGAGAUCCUUCUGACCAGAUUCACUCUCAGAUUUGUUUAAUAGCUUCGAUAGCCCGCCGUCGAAGAUAUACCGUCUAUAGGGCGUAUUGGUUGAUUGAGACUAGUUUACCUCACUUUGGUAAUGAUAGCUGUAUCCCAAUGUCGUCCUUGUUCCCUAGUCUAUGACUUUAGCUUGACACUCGAGUAACACUAUCCUUAUACUUUCUCUUAUUUGUCCUUCCACUCACUUGGUGUUCUCUCAGUUGGCCGUGAUUUUCGUCAUAUGCUCUUCAUCACUUUGUUUGUUUUCAA